CCCCGCUCCGGCAGUGCCCUCUCCGAGUCCCUCAAGCCCGAGCCCUCUUUUUUCGCCCACUACAGGCUUGGCCCGAGGGAGCUGGCCCAGGCCUUCGGGCAGCGGAUGCUGCUCCCCCAGCCCCUCUUCGUACAGCGCAGGUGAAGGAACUCCAGGAAGCCGCCUCCGCUCGGCGCACUUCAGGGCGUGCAUCUGCCACUGCACCGCCGCCGCCUGACGCGCGAGGGACGAGGACCUGCUGCGGCGGCGGCUGCUGUUGUCCUGGUCUCCGUCCGCGGCGGGGACCCGGCGAUGUGACGCGGCCUCCCCUGUCGCUUCUUCUUCUCCUCCGGCUCCUCCUGCCCUCCCUCAGGAUGGCUGCGGCGGGGUCGCCUGUGGUGGAGGCGCUGGGGCGGCUGUGGCAGGUGCAGGCCCCGCUCGGCAGCGGCUCGUCGGCCGCAGUCUUCCGAGCGCGCUGCCUCGGCGACCCCCGCGCCCCGCCAGCCGCGGUCAAGGAGUUUCUGUCGCCGGGCUCCGGAGCGUUGGCGCUGGGGAGCCCCGGUGGAGGAGGCAGCGGCGGCGGCGGCGAUUACGGCUUCCGCAAAGAACGAGCUGCGCUGGAGGAGCUGCGAGGUCACCGCAACAUCGUGACUCUCUAUGGUGUGUUCACCAAUUGUUCUUCUGCCAAAGGCCCAUCAUAUUGCCUUUUAUUAGAGUUGUUGGAUGUCAGUGUAUCAGAGCUGCUUGUGCAUUCCAGUCAACAUGGCUGCUCCAUGUGGAUGACCCAGCACUGUGCUCGGGACAUCCUGGAAGCCCUGGCAUUCCUCCACCAUAAAGGCUAUGUGCAUGCGGAUCUGAAGCCACGUAACAUCCUAUGGAGUGCAGAGGAGGGAUGCUUCAAGCUCAUUGAUUUCGGACUCAGCUUCAAGGAGGGGAAUCAGGAUGUGAAAUACAUUCAGACUGAUGGGUACCGGGCUCCAGAAGCUGAGUUGCAGACCUACCUAUCCCAGGCUGGACUGCAAGAUGGAACUGAAUGUACUUCUGCUGUAGAUCUCUGGAGUCUAGGAAUAGUAUUACUGGAGAUGUUCUCAGGAAUGAAACUGAAACAUAUUGUCCAAUCUCAGGAAUGGAAGGCAAAUAAUUCUGCCAUUAUUGAUCAAAUUUUUGCCAGCAAAAGUGUGGUGAAUUCAGCCAUCCCAGCCUAUCACCUCAGAGACCUCCUCAAAAGCAUGCUUCAUAAUGACCAAGAGAAAAGAGCUACUGCUACAAAGGCUUUGUGCAGCCCCUUUUUCAGCAUUCCUUUUGCUCCCCAUAUUGAGGAUCUGGUGAUGCUUCCAACUCCUGUGCUAAGGUUGCUAAAUAUUUUGGGUGAUGCUUCUCUUCAGUGUGAAGAAGAAUUUGAAGAUACAGUGGAUGACAUAAGAGAAGAAUGUUGCAGAUAUGGACAGAUUGUUUCCCUGUUUGUUCCAAAGGACAACCCAGGCAAAGGCCAGGUCUUUGUUGAGUAUGCAAAUGCUGGUGAUUCCAAAGCUGCCCAACAAGCACUGACUGGAAAGAGAUUCGAUGGCAAGUUUGUUGUGGCUACAUUUUACCCACUGAGUGCCUAUAAGCGGGGGUAUCUUUACCAAACUGUGCUUUAGUCUGCAAGAGCAGUCAGGAGAGAUAUGUGUACCCAAAUCUGCCUGGCUUUGCCUGAGUGGUGGUGUUAUCUUCAGAGAUAGAAUCCACAUGUGUCCUCUCCCUUUCCCAUUUUGUGGCUUGCAGAAGAGGCCCCGAUGUUUUUAUUUUGCUGCACUUGAAAUCUGCCUUCCCCUUCCCCUUGGUCGACUGAUUUCUGUGGUAACCACAAUACUAUGAAAUGGAUGUCUGAGAUUAAAACAAAAAAAGGCAAUGUGAAAGUCUCAAAACAACAUUGAUGGUUAGACACUUAGCUCAGCGUUACCGAGCACUGAAUGGUGGUGUGAAGGGUUGAUUUUUGUCUUAAAGAUUCCGUGAAGAAUCACUGAGCUUCUCAUGCCACACGUCUUGGCAGAAAGCAGUGGCAUUUGCUUUUCUUAGUAUCAAGGACCAAGGUUGAAAACCCCAGGAAGCUUUCAAGGCCUUCAUGCACUAAACUUGAGCCUGUAGAGGUGCCUCUGCAAAGAUUCUCAACAACUUCAGUAGUGUGAUCCCUGCAUUACAAAAUGACAUUGGCCCAAGAACAGGACUGCGAUCCUUAAAGCAAAGGAUCUGUGGCAAGGUAGCCUUGCCCAAAUGCACUUUGCUGGGUAGAGACAAGAGGCUGGACAGCCAUUCGUUGAAGGUAUUGAUAGCACGUGCUGCUUCUAGCCAUUCCUUGAAAUGUGCGGUGCCCUUCCUCCUAGAGACUUGUAAGCAUGGUGUUAUUUGCCUUCAUAAAUCCUUGGGAUUCUUCAGUCAUAGACACAAAGUUGACUGUUAAUUUCUGGUUUUCACAUCCUGCCUUGAUUUCUAAUCUGUGAUCUAUAAAGUAGGUGAGAGGGAGGUAACCUGUACUGACUGAAAUACAUGGGCUGGCAUCCUGACUAAAAUAUUCAAUGGAAAUCUCAUUGAAAUUAAUAAGACAGGUUAGUUAAGACUAACUUGCCUAUUAACUUCAGUGGGACUUCUAUUGAGUAAUUUAGUCAGGAUAUCAGCCAUGGGUUUGUCUAUUCAUUCAUUCAUUCAUUCAUUCAUUCACCCACCCAUCCACCCUGUAUGCUGGAUUUUGUCUGAUGUAGGUUUUGGGGAAGUGAUAUUCCUGAUUCUGGAAGACUAAGAUUCUCAAGUCUUGUUGCGGGGUGGAGGGGAAGAGUGCAGUAUUAGCUUCCCACUUCCACAGUUUUACUGGGUUUCAGUGCUCCCUUGCCCUUUUACGUCUCCAUAACCAGGUUGAGUAGAAUGGAAAGCGGAAUUCCUACCAAACAUGCAAUGUCUGAAGAGGGCUAGUGUACUGGAACAUGAUUAAACCUUGUGUGUUCUCUUUUUAGACAGUACUCUUUUUUAGUAGGAAUUAGUAAGCAAAGCUGAUUCUUAUAUCUGCAAUCCCACUUGUUAGAAAACACCACACUACAUGAAAGCAGCAUUGGGCACUUUCCUGUGGCUGCUGUGAUACUUUGAUUUUACAUGCAUUUAGAAUCCCCACACUUAGGUCAGAUUGGCUUGGAAAUGAGUGGAGCUGUUUCCCCCAAAAACCCAGGAAAUAUUUCAGAAGUAUUCAUUUCAGAAUCAAUAUAAAUUCUCUAAUAUCCACCCCCAUUUUCACAGGUCCUCUAAACUCUUCAUCUCACCCCUCCUUUCCCUUUAAACCCUGCUUUCUUUGCUAGUGCUGUGAAAGGGAAGUAGAGGGUAAAGAAGAUACAAUCCCAGAAACUGCUGGUAGGCAAAAAUCCUCUUGGGUCAAAAGAGUCCUUGAACACAAAAAGUGUAGUACUCCAAAUGAGAUUUAGAGGUGGGGAGGGGGAGGAAUCCGAGUAUUAAUGAUGUAUGGAAAAACAACCAAAAUACAUGCAAGGAUAAACAAAAUAACCAUGAAACUAUUAAUAUACAAUUUUUUAAAAACUAUAUACUACUCAGUAAAAUCACUCUGACUUCAUUGAACAUUAUAUAAUUUGUUACUUCAUGUUGUAAUUUUUGCCCCUUUGCUGUUCUGACUAUUACUGAAUACUACAUAAAGAGUUUUGAUAAAAUUUGUGUAUUAAUAGUUUCAUGAUGGUUGUUUUGUUUAUUAGAUAUCUUUGAAUGUAUUUUGAGUUUUUCCAUACAUCAUUAGUACCCAGAUUCCUUCCUUUUUUCCCUUAUCAAAAGAGUCUUUGGCAGAAGAAUGGAUAUUUAGCCACUACUAAUAGUGUUGGGGAGGGCAUCCUUGCACAAAACUAGGUAGUGGGGAAAGAGAUGUGGGGCUUAUGGAAGUCAGGGGGCUAAGCAGAGAGUAUGUUCUUUUUUGGGCUCACCCUUUUUUGAGGUAAGCAAAGCAAGCCCCCUAAACUCGUAUUUGGCUCUGAGCUCAAAAAACUUCAGCAACAUCUCUACUCACUAACAUUUCUACAUGAGUCUCUGUAAUUGAUGUUAACCUUGCCAGAUGGAACUCUUGAAAAAGGUGCCACUAAAGAGUCCAAAUGACUCUACCUGCAGGCUCCACAAUUUCUAGCUAUGUCUACCUAGAUACCUGCAUUGUAGAUACUUGUGAAAUUCUGGAGGUAUUUUUGGUGUCCAGGACUUAAUUAUGCCCAUUUUUUUUACUAAAUUGAUUGAUCGUGGGGAAUGUAAUGAUGGUGUUGAUACAUUGAUCCAUGGGAUAAAUCUCUUUAUUGUAGAUAGACUUGUAUACAUAUGUACAAGCACGCACCCAGAUGAUGACUUUAGGUAUGGAUGCAAGUCCAUCAGAUAUUGUCUCAAGCCAACGUAACAUUAAGAGAUAGAGGAGCAAGUGUUUGUGGCUUUGUGGGGUGGUGCAAUAGUAUGUUGACCUAGGAGGCUGGGUUAGAGGUCUUGUACCUGCAUUUGGGUACAAUCACAGGCCUCAUAGGCAGCGACCAGGUCACAAGAAGAGAUGCACAGCCUCUGGGAAAGAGAGCACCAGCAUCAGAUACAUUCUUCCUCACAGUUACUCUUGCAUUACCAGGACCAGACUUCUUGACAAGAUGGCUUAUUGGGUGAAAGCUGAUCCCUCCUUGGCCAACUUUUCAUUCGCUUUGUGAAUAUAACUUUAACUGACAGAGAAGGAUGUGUUUCUGAUUGGAGGGUGGGGGGAGGAGGUCUGGCCACUGUAAGGCCUGGACCACCACCUUGCAUAUUGUUUUAAACUUUCACAGUUUCAAGCCAAAAGCUCUGAAAACUAUUAUUUAAAAACUAAAUUUGAGAGUCAGAAAAUUUUGAAUAGUGUACCAAAUUCCAGAUUUGCAUCGGUGGUGGAUGUGUACACUAGACGCAGUCAUAGCUUAGGUGGGUACCUACUGCAUGACAAAACAUGAUGGCCUCUGCAAAGAAACUGGCUGUUGAAAUCUUUCUGCCUCAUACUUUGUGAAUUGUAUCUACUCUGACAUGUUGGAUUGACUUCUUCAGGGACCAUCUGGUCUCUCUUCUCUCCCAAAGGUUCUGCCACCACCAUUCUGUGCUUGCUAUAUGAGCUUAUGCUUAGCAGUGACACACUGUAGAUUUGCUGCCCUGCUUGCUGGGGGACUAGACAUUUUUCUAGUAAAUUUUAAGCCACAAGCUACAACUCCACUAAAACUUGAAGGUCUUUAUACUGUAUGUGCAGACCGUUCUGUCUGAAGACCAGUGCAUUUGUUGAGCCAUACAUCUGAUCUGGAGUCAACUUUGUUCCCAGUUAACUUCCAUCUGUCUGCCUUAAGAAAGAUACUACAGCACUGCCUGUCUUACUGUAUUUUGACUGUUGGAGUGUUUACAUGUUUCCUUUGCAAACUGUUCUGUAAUCAAAUGUCUUCUGUUCAAAUUAUUUAAAGAAAUCUGCUGCUCUGUGCACCACUGCUGAGCAGUUCUGCUUGAGAAAGGUGACUGUUAAAGUACAACUUCAAUUAAAAAAACAAGCAGAUGUG